CUAUCUCUUUGAUUUGCACUACUAAUAUGCUAAGUAUUACUGGGAUUUAUCAUUGUAUUGUUUAGGCCUAUAUUUUGUCCUAGUUUUGGUGCAGUCUCUCACUUUAGCUUUUUAAAAGUAGGCUACAUGUGGCUUGUAUAUUUUUUACCUAGGCCUACCUUUGUUCGAUUCUGCACAAAUGACUUAUAGAAUAAAUUUUGCCCAAUAUUCUUUAAAGUGGUCAAUAGUGCUGGUCACGUGACUGAAUAAUUGCAUGAUGGAGCCAAUGGUCUGCCCCACUGUUUGGAUACUGAUGCUCCCUCCGCGGCCCGCCACGUUGGCUCGCCCUCCCGUCUUGUUGACAUUUUCUGAGAGCCACAGUUACCACAGUGGUGGCUUUCUAGGACCAGCCGGGACGACAUAAUGUCCUCGCUGCUAAAGCCGUUUUCGGUGUGUGAGGGGCCGUGUGAGAGCUGCGGUGUCAGGAGAGGAUGCCCGAGCUCGGCUACCCAUCAGCUUCCUCUGAUCGCCGCCACCGCCGCGACCGGACUGGGCUCGCUGCCGUUACACCAGCUGUCCUACGCGACUAGAAGGGACUUGGCGGCGGCCGCAGUCGGAGGGAGGAAGAUCACGCAUCCUGGAAAGGCCAUCCUUGCAGGUGGCAUUGCAGGAGGAAUAGAGAUCUGUAUCACCUUCCCCACAGAAUAUGUCAAGACCCAGCUGCAGCUGGAUGAGAGAGCGAACCAGCCGCGGUACAGAGGGAUAGGAGACUGUGUGAAGUUGACCUUGCAAUAUCAUGGGCUCAGAGGGCUGUAUCGAGGGCUCAGCUCCCUGCUGUAUGGAUCAAUACCCAAAUCUGCAGUGAGGUUUGGCACAUUUGAGAUACUCAGCAACCCGAUGCGAGAUGCCACAGGUCGGCUAGACAACACGCGGAGCCUCGUGUGCGGUUUAGGAGCGGGGAUAGCAGAGGCCAUCUUGAUCGUCUGCCCCAUGGAGACGCUCAAGGUGAAGAUGAUCCAUGACCAGUGUUCCCUCAGACCUCGCUUCAGAGGCUUCUUUCAUGGAGUCUGUGAGAUUAUCAGAGAACAGGGUGUAAGGGGGACAUAUCAAGGUCUGACACCGACUGUGCUGAAACAAGGAUCCAAUCAGGCCAUCCGAUUCUACGUGAUGAAUGCACUGCGCAAUUGGUACAAAGGGGACGACCCCAGACGAGAAAUGCACCCAGUUGUCACAGCGAUGUUCGGAGCGACAGCCGGAGCUGCCAGCGUGUUUGGAAAUACGCCUCUGGAUGUGGUAAAGACUAGGAUGCAGGGAUUGGAGGCACACCGUUACAGAAGCACAAUGGACUGUGCCUUCCAAAUCUUGAAAAACGAAGGGCCACAGGCGUUCUACAAAGGGACAGUUCCCAGACUUGGCCGCGUGUGCUUGGAUGUGGCCAUAGUCUUCGUCAUCUACGAGGAGGUGGUCAAACUACUCAACAAUGUGUGGACGACUCAGUAAACGGGGCAAGGCAGUGACAGAGGCCCAGAGGAAAGCACAGACCAGUGCCUCAUGCUACAUAUAACUGAACACCUCGAUUCUUGGUUGCACUCAUUGCCCUGAGCAGACGACACUUCAUCCUUACCGGUUUCCACUCGGUUACAUAAAAUAACUGGUUGGCAUGACUUAAUCCAAAAACGGUGAUUAAGGCAGGGAGAGUGAAUAGUCUUGUAUUUCUCACUAGUGAUCAGACUAAAAUGGGGACAUUUUAUCUUGAAGCACAGGAAAUGUCAAACCCACAUGAAGAUCUUGUGUUAUUCUGUACUGACCAAACUUUAGUCUCAUUACCUGAAACAAGUAUACUUCGAAGGAAACUAAACCUCUGUAACAAAAGUUUCCAAGACAGGAAAGGAAAAGGGGCAAUUGUUUUAGUUUUCUGACUGUUGUUACUCUAUACUGUAGGUUAUAGGGUGAGCACUUUGUAAUGAAAUCAUAAAUCUGCUUCACGGAGUACUCACUAUACCAGGGGUUUUCGACCAGGAAUCCAUACCCCCCAGUAGUCUGUGAAGGUAUUGCAGGUAGUGCCUGAACAUUCAUUCAAUAAUGUAGUUUCAUUGUAGGAAUCGCUAUAUUAUAAAUUUAAUUUUAAACACAUUUCCAUGUUUUAGUUUACAAAUAAAUCAAAUUCAUGCAAAUGUAUAACAUUCAGAAAAGCCAACCGUGACUUUCAGGAUUAAAAUGGAACCUGUCUGCUCCACCCACCCAACAGCGUUCCUCAUGUUACCUUAGUCAGAAUGGUGGGUCAUGGGUCUGAAUUAGCUGAAAACCCCUGUACUAGUAAUGUACAAAGAUGCUACUGGAUGCAAACAAAGUACACUAAUGUACUUAACACGUCUUGCUGUUGUAAUGCCUUACUUGACUGUCCCUGUGGCAUCGUCACACUAAAGCAUUCACAGGAUUUCCUUCUCCAUUUAUUACUUCAUUUCAUUAACUAAAGCACAGUUAUGUGUUUAUGCUUUGCUGCUUCUCAUAAACAGCAUGUAUAUCUUAAUGUACAGCAUAUCCAGUGUGGUGUGAUCAUUCACAUUUAAGAAUAUCCUGUUGGGCAGAUUGAAGGGUCUGGAUCAUUUGUGCUGAAUAAAGCUCAAAUAUAUUGGUAUAUUAGCCCAAAAAAGAAGUUCCUGUGCUCCUAUGAUUUCUAGGACUGGGAUGUGGAAGCAACAUGAUAAUUUCAAUGAUUUCAAUAAACCUAAUUCGCUGGUGUUUAGAAACCUUUAAGACAUCAGGUUAAUAAAGUGAAAUAUGAAAUGUAGAUCCUCUGUUAGGAUGUCUGUUAUUAUGGAUAAGAACAUUCCUACAUUUUAUUUCCAAACUGAUUUCUUCCUCUUUAGAU